AUGAAUCCCGAGUACGACUAUCUUUUCAAGCUCCUGCUCAUCGGGGAUUCUGGCGUGGGCAAGUCUUGUCUACUUUUGAGAUUCUCUGAUGACUCGUAUGUCGAUAGUUACAUAAGCACUAUUGGAGUCGAUUUUAAAAUCCGGACUGUGGAGCAAGAGGGGAAGACGAUUAAGCUCCAAAUUUGGGACACUGCUGGCCAGGAACGGUUCAGGACAAUCACUAGCAGUUACUACCGUGGGGCACAUGGAAUCAUUAUUGUCUACGACGUCACAGAUCAAGAAAGCUUCAACAAUGUGAAGCAAUGGUUGAGUGAAAUUGAUCGUUAUGCAAGUGACAGUGUGAACAAACUUCUUGUUGGAAACAAGUGUGAUCUCGCUGAAAACAGAGCCGUUCCAUAUGAAACAGCAAAGGCUUUUGCUGAUGAAAUUGGAAUCCCUUUCAUGGAGACUAGUGCGAAAGAUGCUACAAACGUGGAACAGGCUUUCAUGGCUAUGUCGGCAUCUAUCAAAGAGAGAAUGGCAAGCCAACCAGCUGGGAACAAUGCAAGACCACCGACGGUGCAGAUCAGAGGACAGCCUGUUGCACAGAAGAACGGCUGCUGCUCUACUUGA